CGCAGCAUCAAGCGCCCGCGCACCUCUGCAUCGCCGAUAUCCAUAGCCUCGACUCCUCCUCGACGAGCACCUCGCAAGGUAAAGAGCGAGCGCGACAAGCUCUUUGAUGCCAUCGAGGCUGGCGCCGACUAUCCUCUCGAGCCAGUGCCCAUCAAGAGUGCGGAUGACUUGAACGACGUGCAGUUGAAGAAGUGCUAUGAGAUUCUGCAUGCCUGCGGCAGUGCGACGGAUCCCAAUGCCAGCUUGUCCAAGACGAGGCAGAGCAUCGAUGGCUUCUUGGAUGCCGUUUUUAAUGACUGGUCGAGCCGCAAGGCUGGAGCUCUGCCACGCUCAGAGCUGGAUUUUCUGGUGGAGGCAGAGGUUGUGGCAGGAAGACUGUGUGGGAAGCCUCAAGAACAUACAAAGCUGACCGACUGUGCCUCUGGCUCCCUCUGCGCAGUGAAUGUUUCCGCCGUGGCCACCUACUGCAACAACCCGCCCAUGUUCAAACUAGAGUUUUCAACCAUUGACGAGCUUUCUCGCCAGCCCGAAGCAUUCUGCCCCAUCUCCCGCAAGGACAUUAGAUGGGUAGAAGACGACUGGGUGCAAGAGCUGCGCCAGAGUCUCCGUACCAAGGUGAUUGCCAAGAUCCACAAACACAAUAAACAUCUCGCCAUAUGGCAGGCACGAAAGCUCAUCGUCGAGUGGGCCAAGGGAAGUUUGUCGCUGGGGGAGGACGUAAGUAAGAUGGGCUUCUUGGAGCGCGAGACGGCGGAUGUGGCGAUUGUUGGGCUUGGG